GUUUAAACAAGUUGUUCAAGGCUCAUUGAGCAUUUCUUCCCACUUAAAUCCUUGAUGUUCAUCAGGUGUGAUCGGAAUUCUCUGUCCCCAGAAAAAAUUACACCACAAUUCAACAUAUAACAUGUCGAGCGAGAUAGAAGAAGAGAGUAAGAGAGACAUGGAAAUGAAGAGAGAAAAGCAAGGAGAAGAAGAAAAGGUGAAGGAAAUGGCAUCAAAGAACCCAGAAAUUGAACGAGGAAGAAAAGGGAAAUCAUGCAAAGGAACCCUUUAUUUUUCAUCCCACCUCAAAUCCAAAGGCUAUAAUCCUCGUUGUGUUGGCUUCACUCGCUCUCUUCAACAAGUGCCUAACUAUAUUGUAAGUGAAUCUGAAGUUGAAGCUUCUAAAGAAGGACGGAGUCUCACGGAUUUCAAGUAUGCUUGUGUUGGCUAUUCUAUAUAUCUGGAUAAGAAUAAAGAUGCUACUCCAACUGGCGAUCAAAAGCCACGUGCAGAGCUUCCAGUUUGUGUUGGUGUUGAGCUUUUGGUUGACAAGAGACCUGCUGAUCAACACGCCCCUGCCCCUGCCCAUGCUCAUAACAAGGAAGAUGAUCAUGUGCUUCCUCAACAUCGACCACCUAAAACUACUCAUCCUAUAGGGGAGGAAUUCCUUACUAGAUUUUCAAGAAAUGCAGGCCUAGUUGCAUCUGGAGUAGCUAGAAACAUGCGCAAAGUGGGCAAUUACGUCAAAGAAAGUAUUGAUGAUAUACUUUAUAGGCGUCCGAAGUGAGAUGGUCUUUUUGAUUGACAGGAAAGCAGAUAUUAUUUGCAUUAACAAUUGCUAAAUGUUUUAGAUUCGUAUCCUUUCCCUUCAUUAAUUUCAUAUUACGUAAAUGCAAGGUUCAUCUCUGCCAUGUAAUAUAGGGGGAAUGACUCAAUGGUUUUGUGCUGAACUAUCCGAUGUAUAAAUUUGCAGUUCAGAAUUGAAAUAAGCUCCUUAAAUGGAGCUUAUGUCGCAAAUUUUGGUCCUCCCAACUUCUGGUCCGUUGUAAAUGCUCAGGCGAAUUGCCAAAGUUGUCUGUUGUUUAGAUAUAUACACAUGCUUUUCUUUA